GAGAUGCCACACGAAGUAAACAGUAAUUUUAUAAUUAUGAUAUCGUUGACGAUGCGCCGGAAUAUGCCGCUAACAGCAUUGACCAGAUGCCUUUGCAGCACGUGUGGCAACGUCUCCAAAGAAGUUUUGGAACAAUUGGAGGUGGGCUAUAAAAAGUUGAUGAAAUCCAAAUCGAAAUCGCUGCUAAAGAAGCAUUUAACCAAAGAGAUUUUCGAUCGACUCAAGUGUAAAAUGACGCCAAAAUAUUGUUCGACGCUGUUGGACUGCAUACGUUCCGGUCUGUGUAGACACGAAUCGGGCGUUGGCAUCUAUGCACCCGAUCCGGGAGCAUAUAAAACAUUUGCCGAGAUCUUUGAUCCGAUUAUCGAGUCCUAUCACACGGGCUUCAAGCACACGGACAAACAUCCGGCCACCUGCUUUGGCUAUGGUUCUGAUUUUCCCAAUCUGGAUCCCGAGCAAAAAUUCAUUGUCUCCACCCGCGUGCGAUGUGCUCGAUCCGUGGAGGGAUUCCCCUUUAAUCCGUGCCUAACGAAGCGCAAUUACAAGGAUCUGGAGUGUCUGAUCAAGAAACCGUUGCGUGCCUUGUGCAACGAGCAUGCUGGCUCGUAUCACACGCUCGGCUGCAUGGAUUCGGAUGAUAUACAGAAGCUGGUCGAUGCCGGGCUGCUCUUCAAGGGCAAGAAUCGUUUCCUCAAGUCGGCGAAUGCCCUGCGCUACUGGCCGACGGGUCGUGGCAUCUUCAUCAACAAGACGUGCACCUUUGUCAUCUGGGUGAAUGAGGAGGAUCACAUUCGGGUCAUUGCGCUGGAGAAGGGCGGCGAUUUGGGUCGCGUUUAUGAACGGAUGAUUGUCGGUGUCGAAUCCUUGGCGCACUCUUUGAAAUUCAGUCGUGACGCUCGUCUGGGCAAUCUCACGUUUUGUCCCACCAAUUUGGGCUGCACAAUUCGCGCAUCCGUUCACAUUAAGCUGCCGCUGCUCGCCUCCAACCGUCGGAACUUUCUCGAACUGGCCAAAAAGCAUCAUCUUCAGGUGCGGGGCACUCUUGGCGAAUAUAGCCAGGCUCUCGGCGGCAUCUAUGACAUCUCCAACAAGCGUCGCAUGGGUCUCACCGAAUACGAAGCUGUCGCCGAGAUGCACAAAGGGAUCAGUGCUCUGAUUGAGGCCGAGUGCGAGGAGAGCAGAAAGACGAGGAAAUAACUCAACCCUCAACUUAUUAUGAUCAAUCACAGACUACGUUGUUCAUCAGCCAAGUAUCAAUAAAUUGGCGAACGCUCAUCAUAUAAAAA